CUCUCUCUCUCUCUCUUCUCUCUUGUUGCAAUCUAUCGCCGAUUCAAUCAAUAAUCUCUGCUAAAAGUUUGUUCCUUUGUUUUCUGGAAUUAUCCAUAGGAUAAACAGAGAAAACCAAUCAAAUCUCUCUCUCUCUCUCUCUCUUUUUUACUUUCAGACCCAAAUCCUAGGAUUUCUUUCUAAUAAUUUGUCAGGUUUUGUGUGUCUGUCUCUCUGGUGUGGGAUUUCCAGGAGCUUGGUUUCUUAGAACCAGCUCCAUUUCUGAAUCUUCUUCUUCACUCCCCCAUUGUUGUAGUUGUGUGAGAAAAUAAAAUGACUUGCUUCUCUUGUUUGAAUCCUCGAACUAAGGACAUCAGAGUCGACAUUGAUACAGCUCGAUGCAACAACUCUCGCUACCCAACCGAUUCAUCUGCUCAUGGAAGUGAUACUACCACAGGAACAGAGUCGAUUUCGGGUAUCUUAGUAAACGGUAAAGUGAAUAGUCCCAAACCUGGUGGUGGAGCUCGGAGUUUCACGUUCAAGGAGUUAGCUGCAGCUACCAGAAACUUCCGGGAAGUGAAUCUGCUCGGCGAAGGAGGUUUUGGGAGAGUUUUCAAGGGACGUUUAGAUUCAGGACAAGUGGUGGCUAUUAAGCAACUGAAUCCAGAUGGGCUUCAAGGAAAUCGAGAAUUCAUAGUAGAGGUUCUCAUGCUUAGUUUAUUGCAUCACCCAAAUCUCGUUACAUUGAUCGGUUACUGUACUUCUGGUGAUCAGAGACUUCUUGUCUAUGAAUAUAUGCCGAUGGGAAGCUUAGAAGAUCACCUUUUUGAUCUUGAGGCACAUCCAGAACCAUUAAGCUGGAAUACUCGAAUGAAAAUCGCGGUUGGUGCAGCUCGGGGAAUAGAGUAUCUCCACUGCACAGCUAACCCGCCAGUGAUUUACCGCGAUUUGAAGUCUGCAAACAUAUUGUUAGACAAAGAUUUCAAUCCAAAACUCUCGGAUUUUGGACUGGCGAAACUCGGUCCAGUAGGUGAUCGAACUCAUGUAUCAACCCGUGUCAUGGGAACCUACGGUUACUGUGCUCCCGAGUACGCGAUGAGCGGGAAACUAACUGUUAAAUCGGAUAUCUACUGCUUCGGUGUAGUGUUGCUUGAGCUGAUUACUGGGAGAAAAGCUAUUGAUUUGAGUCAAAAGCAAGGGGAGCAGAAUCUUGUUACAUGGUCACGUCCCUACUUAAAGGAUCAGAAGAAGUUUGGACAUAUAGUGGAUCCGUCUCUACGAGGAAAAUACCCAAGACGGUGUUUAAACUAUGCGAUUGCGAUAAUCGCAAUGUGUCUGAACGAAGAAGCUCAUUAUCGACCGUUUAUAGGUGACAUAGUUGUGGCACUUGAGUACUUAGCCGCACAGAGCCGGUCUCAUGAAGCUCGAAACGUCUCGUCCCCAUCACCGGAGGUCACAAGAACGCCGCGACGACGAGACUUGUAAAAACACAAGAAAGAAAGUCUUGAGCUUUUAAGUAUUUCAGUUUGGUGUUCUGUAAGUAUUUCAGUCUUGCUCAGAAAACAAUAUAUUUGGUAAAUGUUUUGUUUUUAGAUUCUUAUACUUGUUUAUCCCCUAUGAUGAUGUAUAUGAGAUAUGGCAAUUAUGGAGACAAAAAACAAUUGAAGUUCU